GUACCUCAUGGAUACCCGACUACUCAUCCUGCUGCCCUUCACACUCGCGUUCACUCAGGAUAAUGUUGAAAUUCCAAAGUUCACUGAAGGUAUAUCCAACAUGACCAUCCCUGUUGGAAGAGAAGCUGUCCUAACCUGCGUUGUUGAGGACCUUUUAAAUUAUAAGUCUGCCCCGCAGGUGGCUUGGUUGAGAGUAGAUACCCAGACUAUACUGACUAUCCAUGGACACGUGAUCACCAAGAAUCACCGGAUAGCAGUGACUCACAGUGAUCACAGAACGUGGUAUCUUCACAUCAAAGACGUGCGGCAGACUGACAAAGGAUGGUACAUGUGCCAGAUCAACACGGACCCUAUGAAGAGUCAAGUUGGAUAUUUAGAUGUUGUUGUACCCCCAGACAUCCUUGACUACCCAACCAGUACAGACAUGGUGGUGAGGGAAGGACAAAACGUCACCUUGAGAUGUGCCGCUUCCGGCUCUCCCACCCCCAAUGUGACUUGGAGGCGGGAGGGUGGGGAGGGAAUCCCCCUGACCACUGGCAAGGAAGUUUCAACGAUAGAAGGGUCUACAUUUAACAUAACCAGAGUCAACAGACUACACAUGGGCGCCUACCUCUGCAUCGCGUCUAACGGAGUCCCUCCUUCAGUCAGCAAGAGGAUUAUGCUUAUAGUACAUUUCCCACCAAUGAUCACUAUCCAGAACCAGUUGGUGGGGGCCAUGUUGGGUCAAUCCAUGACUUUAGAGUGCCAUUCUGAAGCCUACCCGAAGUCCAUCAACUAUUGGACCAGAGAUAAGGGGGAUAUAAUAGCUCACGGUCCCAAGUAUGAGCCGACCCUAGUUGACAACGCCUACAAGGUGUUGAUGAAGCUUACCAUCAAAUCAGUGACUCAGCAGGACUACGGGGCCUACAAAUGUGUGUCGAAGAACUCUCUGGGGGAGACUGACGGCAGCAUCAAACUUUACCAAAUUCCCACCCCAACAACGAUUGCAACUACCCCAACGACUACUCAAAUACCGAUUACAGAAGCUCAAGACACCAAAACUCCCCCCAAGCCGAGAGAUAAGGAGAAGGGAAGAGAAGGGGAGAAGGAGAGAAAGAGACUCAACAUGAAUCAAGAGAGUAACGACCUUAGAGUCAUGGGCGAGAACAUCAACAUUAAUAAAGACAAAACCAGGAAGGGUGACAGGGACAACCGGUUACUGUCAGGGGAGGCAGACCGAUCACGGUUAUCCAGUGAUUCCCAAGGGUCCCGAGGGAUUCCUCCCUGGUUUUUCCUGAUUAUCCAGGGAUCCUGUCUCGCUAAACUGCUCUAGGCUCAGUAAACAGCUGUUUAUCAUCUCGUCGUUGAAUUAAUUUUGCUGUGUAAAUGUGCAUUGUUAUUUGUAUACGAUAAAGAAAGACUUUGCCAUAAUUUAUUAUUUAAAUAUGUUUCAAACCAUUUGUGAGAAAAUAUUAUGAAUUUUAUCUAGGUACCAAAACCAUAUGC